AUGGGGGUCUGUGUCCUAGGAUGCUGUCAGGGUAAUCAUUGUGGACUUCCGGGCCGGGAUGGACGAGACGGGCGGAACGGAAUUCAAGGGCUAUAUAGACCACCUGGACCCCCAGGGGAGAUCACCUUUAUCAAGCCAGCAGCUGUUGACCGGGUGGACCUGGUGGUCCUCGUGCCCUCUCUACUCUUACAAGACCGGGUGGACCUAGUGGUCUUGGUGCCCUCUCUACUCUUACACGACCGGGUGGACCUAGUGGUCCUCGUGCCCUCUCUACUCUUACAAGACCGGGUGGACCUAGUGCCCUCUCUACUCUUACAAGACCGGGUGGACCUAGUGGUCUUGGUGCCCUCUCUACUCUUACACGUCCUGGUGGACCUGGUGGUCCUCGUGCCCUCUCUACUCUUACACGACCGGGUGGACCUAGUGGUCCUCGUGCCCUCUCUACUCUUACAAGACCGGGUGGACCUAGUGCCCUCUCUACUCUUACAAGACCGGGUGGACCUAGUGGUCUUGGUGCCCUUUCUACUCUUACACGUCCUGGUGGACCUGGUGGUCCUCGUGCCCUCUCUACUCUUACACGACCGGGUGGACCUGGUGGUCCUCGUGCCCUAUCUACUCUUACAAGACCGGGUGGACCUAGUGGUCUUGGUGCCCUCUCUACUCUUACACGUCCUGGUGGACCUGGUGGUCCUCGUGCCCUCUCUACUCUUACACGACCAGGUGGACCUGGUGGACCUGGUGGUCCUCGUGCCCUCUCUACUCUUACACGACCGGGUGGACCUAGUGGUCCUCGUGCCCUCUCUACUCUUACAAGACCGGGUGGACCUAGUGGUCUUUGUGCCCUCUCUACUCUUACAAGUCCGGGUGGACCUGGUGGUCCUCGUGCCCUCUCUACUCUUACAAGACCGGGUGGACCUAGUGGUCUUGGUGCCCUCUCUACUCUUACACGUCCUGGUGGACCUGGUGGUCCUCGUGCCCUCUCUACUUUUACACGACCGAGUGGACCUGGUGGUCCUCGUGCCCUCUCUACUCUUACAAGACCAGGUGGACCUAGUGGUCUUGGUGCCCUCUCUACUCUUACACGUCCUGGUGGACCUGGUGGUCCUCGUGCCCUUUCUACUCUUACACGUCCUGGUGGACCUGGUGGUCUUGGUGCCCUCUCUACUCUUACAAGACCGGGUGGACCUAGUGGUCCUUGCGCUCUCUCUACUCUUACACUUCCUGGUGGACCUGGUGGUCCUCGUGCCCUCUCUACUCUUACACGACCGGGUGGACCUGGUGGUCCUUGCGCCCUCUUUACUCUUACACGUCCUGGUGGACCUGGUGGUCCUCGUGCCCUCUUUACUCUUAGAUGUUCUGGUGCACCUGAUGGUUUAG